CGUCGUGGUGACGUCACCGCAGGACCACGCUGCAUAGCCAGUCCAAACAACUUUUCCAGAGGAACUCCGCACCACAACGCGUCCAGCAGCCGUGCAAUAAAGUACCGAGAUUUAACAAAGUAGACGAAAAAUACCAGCGAAAACGUGACGAGGAUUCAGCUGAGCGACAUUACUUUUGUUUUUGAGUGUAUACAAUUUAAUUUUUUUCCGCUUACUGUAUAUAGUUUUCCCUUCCAACUGCCGUUUCUUUUUUGGAAAUUAAAGAUGAGGAAUCUGUGGUUGUUGUUCGUCGUCGGGCUGGCGACUGGGUUUAUCAGUGAAAAACUCCUGGUCUCCUCCCAGUCACCCUCAUCUACGGCAGAUGACCUGUACCUAGAGGGCCGACCGUCAGGUGACUUUCCUAUAGAUGAUGAAGAUAGUGAAGACAACGGCUCAGGCUCUGGUUCUGGAGACUAUGCUUUCAGCGACCUCGCAGAUAAAGAGGAGUUACUCAGGAGGCUCUUUAACCUCUCUGACACCACAUUCAGCAAGGAAACGGUUCCAGUUCAACCACAGCCAACAGAUGAUUCUCAUCACAACUCACCAACCAGAGAAGAGGACAGCCAGAAUCCACCAACCACAGAGGAGCACACUGAGGCAACACCUUCCAUAUUCCAUGAGGACGACAGGGAUGAGAAGGUGCCAGGUAUUGGCCCAACAGCUGACUCGUUCACACAUGAUACCAGUCCCAGUUCCACCAGCAUGCCUUCCAGUGAAGCCACUGCAACUGAAUUCAGUAUAGACACCAGUGUAACCAAAGAUGCCGACGAGGAUAGGUUGGAUGACCCCGCAGCCAAAGACAUUGAAGAUAAAGUCCUGAUCCAAAAGGAUGUAAAUGACGUUAAUGCCAAAGAUGGUCGAGACAGCAGAACAUAUGUGGUAGACAGUCCUGAAGAGGUAACCUCUGAGAACACGUGGGAGAGGACAGAGGUGCUGGCAGCGGUGAUAGCAUGCGGAGUGAUUGGAUUCCUCUGUGCUGUUUUCCUCCUCCUCCUCCUCGCCUACCGCAUGAAGAAGAAGGAUGAAGGUAGCUAUGACCUGGGAGACACCAAACUUCCCACAACAGCCUAUCACCAAGCGCCUACCAAGGAGUUUUACGCCUGAACUGACAAACGGAGACUUAACAAAAACUGUCACCUGCCAAUCAGGAUUUCAGAAUGGAAGAUUGAUCCUCCCGUUGAAGUUUGAAGUCAAGCUCCUCUGCUCUUCUACAAUGCUCACCUCUCAUCUCUCCUACCUUCCUCCUCUGCUAUCCUUCCACAUCCUUCUCUACAUAAUGCUCAGUGUUUGUGAAGAGGAGGACCUAAGGGAACAAAAUAAGACUAUUAAAUUGCAUUCCUAUCAUUCCAUUCCAGGGAAGGAGUUCAGACAUCAAAACACAUCUUACAUUUUAAGAAAGGAAUAGAGUAUCACGAUGGAUCACAGCCAUUCUCGUCUAGGAAAGUAAUCAACUCAAGUAUUGAUAAUACUGUGCCUUUAGACCCACAGUACUUACCUAAGCUGAACCCGCCAAGCUCAGCUUAACAACGCGAGGGAAUUGGCAGAAACGUAUGAAUAGGAAAGCUUUAAUGCAUAUUGAAUGUCGUCAAUUAAAACGGUACCAUAUAAUGGGAUUAACAUUACAAAGGACCUUCAAAAGUUUGACACCCUUUUCCCUUUAUUUGAGGUCAAAUUUACUCUGUUUGUUAACAUCUUUCAUUGUUACAUUUCAUUUUCUGUAUGCUUUCUUUGCUGACUUGAAGAUUUUUUUUGUCGUUAUAUGAGGAAUGAAUAUGUUAUUUCAUAUGCUGUCCAGUAUUGGUGUGAGAGAUUUUGUUACUCUGCAGGUACAUACUUUUGUUGUUUUCUCACAGAUAUUUGACACUUGCAGAACUGACCAAAUAUAAAUGUGCUUUAUUUGUCUUUUGGAAGAUUUAUUUUUCAGUAGCCUUUUCAGUGUGUUUUUAUGUUUAGAGAUUAUAUUUCCAUAAGCCAUUUAAAAAAAUAGAGAUUUCAGUCUUUUCAUUGUAUUCAUACAGUGCUUGCUUUUGUAAAGGUCUGUCAACCUUGCAUCUGUCCAACAUUAGUAAUAUUUUCAGGACUAUUUUAUUUGGUUACUGAGUGCAGCAAGCAUGUGGGACAGGAUUGCUAAGGUAAAGCCAAGGCUAAUGACUAUAAUUCAGAAACUGUAGAAGUGACCAAUGUUUUCUGAUGAAAGCCAAAGCACAUUCCUUUCUGACUAUCAGCUGUAUACAGCUAUAAUAGUUGGUUUGAAGUUAAAGGGACAGUGACAGCAUUCAGUGUUUCCUACAGUAUCUAGAGACAGGGCUUAUCCACACAGCAGGGUUAGAGAGAUAUAAUCAGCUAUAGAUGUUUGUUUAAUUCUCAACUGUAAUAAGACAUGUUGACAACUGGAAUAUUCCAACGCAGUAAUGUAAUUCAUUCACCACUUACAAAUUUCAUUUUAAGUGGUUACAGUGCACUUCUAAGUGUAAGCAUAUCACCUUCUAAAUGUAAGUGUCCUUAUUAUUAUUCUAUACCUCAACCAGCCAACCAAAGGGAUCCUGUAAAUUGACAAAGCUUCAAGAGGGAUACAGGAGGUAGUUAUCAAGGAUGACAUUGUGGUGUCAUUCCCUUUUGAUAGCACCUAAUUUUAAUUGUAUUCACCCUGUUAAAUAUAUAUAUUUUAGACAAAAGAAUGUGGAUUUGCCCAAUGUAUAGACUCUGAUGAAUUUUAACCAGCUACCUACUUCUUAUAAUGUGUCAAAGAACAUUACAUAUCACACCAACAUUAUUUGUUUGACUCACUAUGUGUUGGUUUUAAAACGUUGCUUCUCAUCAAUCAAGCUGAAUGAGAUGUGGGUCUGAGUGAGUUAAAGAAUGAAUAGACUUAUCUCCUGUCCAGUUUUCCGUCAAGACAACAUUGAUUUCAGAUUGCUGUUUUUUUUUUUUGUUUUUGUUUUUUUUUUUGUUGCUUGUUUGUUUAAUUCGAGUUAAACUCAUAUAGGAUUUCAAAGACAAUUUAUUUUUUUUGUUUUUAGAUUUCCCUGUGCCAUAGGUGGUUCUGUUAAUGUCACUGCCAAAUUUGUAGCAGGUUUUGUGUUUGAUUUCCUUCACAAGCUAAUGUAACAUCAAUGAAAGCUAACCACAGACAUCGUGUGUGAGGCUACAUCAAUCUUGUGUCUUUUAAAUUGUGGCUACUCAAUAGUAUUUACAUAAUAGAAGUUUUGUUGCUGUUAUAGAAAUGACUGUUUUGAAGCAAUUCUGAAUAAUCUGAAUGCAAAUCUGGAAAACUACCUAUUUUUUUAUGGCUGGAAUAAACAGGAAGAUCUGAUCACUAA